GACAUACGACAGGUUGAGGUUGACAAUAGAAAAAAAAAUCAACACAAGAGAAAUGUCUCACAAUUGUUUAUAAAAUCCAUUGUUUAAAAAUCUAUUGAAUCAUGAAGAAACGUGCUAAGAAUUAGAAUCUGUUCGCUUCAAAGUUUACUCGACUUAUUACUUAUAAUCAAACCAUGGCAGCUUCGGCGAGUGAUAUUGAAGAGUUCCUCACGGGUCCACUAGUAAAAUGGCUUUGUACGUGCGUGAAAAAACCAGAGGCCCUACACGUAUAUGAAACGUUCUUCGACGGAGCCCCAAUCAACGAAGUUUUGCUCCAAAUCGAUCCGGAGCCUUCACAACCAGUGCCUUCUAUUCUUAACCUACAAGGCCUUAGUAUUACAACAGCUAGAACGAAAAUAUUCUAUUCCAUCGUAAAAAAUAUUAGAACAAUUUACGAAGACGAAUUGGGGCAAGUCCUCGUUUCGAUACCAGAUUGUGUAGUUUUAGGCAGAGCCCCCGCCUCACAAGUCGCUUUGGAGCAAUUGAAAUUGCUGCUCCUUCUAUUGCUAGGUUGUGCAGUAUUAGGCCCUACGAAAGAAUUAUUUAUUUCCAAAAUUAAGGAAUUGUCUAUAAAUGAUCAGCACGAUAUUGUAAAUUGCAUUAAAAAGGUUACCGAUGACCAAAGUGUAGUUCUGACUGUCGAUUGGUCGGAACAAGAACCGCAGAAGUUGUACAGCCACAUAAGGGCUUUGACAUUGGAAAGGGAUAGAUUAAUACAACAAUGGGUGACGGAUUUGAGUCAAGAAACGAAUACCAUGCGAGCCAAUCAAAAUUGCAAUACGCAGGAGGUGGAAUCGAACCAUUUGGCUGUAGAAUUAGCCGAUUGGAAGGCUAAAAUGAGGAAGCAAAGGCAAGAAUUAGAGGAAAAGACUGAAAUUUUAGUGGAAUGUAAAGAAGAAUUAGAACAUGCAAGAAAUUUAAUCGCCAAAUUAAAAGCAGAAAAUACCGAUCUACUCACAGAAGCUAGAAGAGCAAAGGUUUAUAGAGACGAAGUAGAUUCGAUGAGGGAGAAAGUGGAAAGGGCCGAUCGAUUGGAAAUCGAAGUGCAAAGAUACAGAGAACGCCUUGCAGACGCGGAAUUCUACAAAGUCCGAGUAGACGAACUGCGAGACGACAAUAAAGUCCUGCUAGAAACCAGGGAAAUGUUAGAAACUCAACUAGCCCGAGCCCGACAAAGGGGAGAUCAUGUAUUGGAACUCGAAGCUGAAUUAUUAAGUGCCAAACAAGCUAUUAACGACAUAUUACUUGAAAGAGAUUCGGCUAAAGAAAGAAUACAGGAACUGUUAGAUGAAAAUCUCCAGCUUCAGCAAUUAACGAAGUCGGCUCUUCAAGAAUCGAAUUAUCCCAAUACCGCGUUGGAUUCCGAUCAGGAGGAAUCCAAUUCGGGGGACAACAGCCUCUCCGAGCAAUUGACGAGCAACGCGCAGGCGCGCGCUCUCAAAUUGGAAUUGGAAAACAAACGUUUGCUCUCCGCCAUAGACGCUUUGAAAGAGAACAGCUUCUUGGAAAGCGCCAGCAAGAUACUGGAACUGGAAAAGGAGAAGAAAAAGUUAUCGAUACGGUACGAGAAGGUGGAGGAAAAUUGCGAGAGACUAACGCAGCAGAACGUCGAGUUGGAAAAUUUGUUCAAAAACGCCAUUCAAGAGACUAGGAAAUUACAGGAUUCUUUGGAUACCCAAAAGGCUAUUCUGGAUCGACAAAACACCGAAUUGAACAACGAACGAGCCCGCAUCGGCGAAAUGGAGAAUAACAUCGAUCACGUGACCAAAGAGAAACAACGAAUACAACUUUUGUGCGAUACAAUCAAAAAGAGAGCGGACGAUGCCGAAAAAUCGCUCUGCGAUAUCACCGAACAACUGUUGCACCUGCAAAGCGAAUCCGAUAAAUGGAAGGAUUUCGAAAAAACCGCGAAUAUAAUGAGAGACAAGGAGGCGGCCCUGGACAAGGAAAACGCCAACAUGCUCAAAGAAGUCAACAAAUUGAAGGAGCUGUUGGAAUCCAAACACGCCACGUUGGACGAUUGCGUGGAGAAAAUCGCCAAGCAAGAGAACGAAAUCAAAAGACUGACGACGGAAAACGGCGAUUUGAUAGCGCAAAACGAGAAACUGCAGGAUUUCGAACAGAAAGUCCACGAAUUGUCGUCGCAAGCCUCCAUCGACGCCGAGACCGUCGCGACGCUGCAAAAGGACCUCGUCAACGCCAAGGUUACCAGCAAAAAAUUGAAAAACAACCUCGACAAACUGGGCCUCAACGUCGCCAUUUUGGACAACGACGUUUCGGUUGUGAUGGAAAAAAUUCUCGACAAUAACGAAUUGUUCAAAAUCAUAGGUCCUAUGGUGAAGGCUCGUUUCUGCGAGACGGACGUCGUGAGACUGACGGCUUUGGAAGAGCGGAACAAUCAAUGCGAAAAACUGCUGGCGGAAAUAUCCAACUUGCAAAUUUCCAAUGACGUUCUUCAGAACGAAAACGCGACGCUCAAAGUGGACGUCUCGACGCUCAAAUCGCAAAUUAACUCGUUGCAAACGCAACAGACCGCUCUGCAAUUGGCUAACAGUCAAUUGGUGGCUGAAAAAGAAGAGCUGCAUAAGAAGCAACAAAUCCAAAACACCCAGCACGACACGCUGCUGUUGGACCAAGCGACUCUCAGGACGUUGCACGAGCAACUGAGCUUGGAGUACGAAGAGGCCAAGAAGGAGCAGGAGAACCUGAAGAAGACCGCCAGGGAUCUGCGAUCGGAGAUUCGAGCGGUCAAAGAGAAAAACGCAUCGUUGGAGAACAAGUUAAAAGACAUCGACGCGGAGAAAGAGCUGCUGAAAACCGACGCCAAGAGCUUGGGAAACUUGCGAGCCGAGCACUCGAAAUUGAAGGACGACUUCAGGAAUUUGUUCACGGCCAGCGAGAGACUCAAACAGGAAUACAAGGCGGUCCAGGAGGAGUUGAAAUCGUUGAGGACCGAGUCCAGGAAUCUGAGAUUGGGUCGGACGGAGAUGCAGGGCGAGCUCAACAUGAGGUCGUACAAAAUGGCGAGUUUGGACCUGGAAAAUGCCAAAUUGCAGCAAAAGUGCGACAUGUUAUUCGAAAUGAAUCACUCAUUAGAUUCCGAUCGAAGGGCUCUAAUGGACCACGUCUCGCAAUUACUGUCGCAAUAUCAUUCUCUUCUUACCCAUUCGUUGGAGGACAAGGAGCACUAUCACAUCGAGGAGAAGUUGUACACGGAUAAAGUGAACAAUUUGUGCAGGCAGAAGGAGAAAUUGGAAGAGAAGAUCAUGGAACAUUACAGAAAAUUGGAUAACGCUUCUGCCAAAAAGAAAGGAUUCGGCGCGACUUUGGUGAGAAGAGUCAGGAAAGCCGGUUCGGAUAUCAUAAACAAAGUACCAUCGAGAAAUCGGCGAUCUUGGCACGAAGAUUCGACGAGACUCACCCAAUCUCAGCUGACCCUGAUGAACGAAGGGGGCUCAGGAGGAGAGUCCAAUGGCAACAAUACCGAUAACAGUAACGAGGAAUCGACGCCUCAGCCAUUCAAGAGAGCAGUUUCGAGCGGGGGGAGUUUGUAUGGUCACAAACCGAGAGAUGAAGUGGCCAUGAGGAGGUCAUCGUACAGAGAUUUGGGCUCCCAAAGAAACAGCGUUGCAGGCGAACAGAUGUUCUCUGAAGAUGCGAACCUGAGUUUGGGCUCCGUGGGUACCCGUCGUACCGUUUACCUGUCUGAGGAUGAUACCGCUCCGGCGUCUCCCGCGCCUCAGAAUAACAGAGUGAGUACCGGCACGCCGCCGCUGUUGGUGUACAACAGAAUAUCCACGAUUAUAGGGGAGCAGCCGAAAAUGGCGGCUCCCCAGCACACCGAAGAGGCUCCUCCUAAGGACCUCCCCAACGGGGAGAAGGAGAAGCCGGGUAAAAGUGCGAAAGAGACGGCCGUUUGGUACGAAUACGGCUGUGUUUAAGAGUAGGUAGAAAGUAUUUUGAUUAAAUUGAUAUCUUGUUAAGAUAUAUGCAGCGACAAUACGACGGUUCGAUUUUUUAUUGAAAUCGGGCUUUAUUUUAACAUAGAUUUAUGUUAUUUUAUGUGGUUAAAAUUGGAUUUGUUUUCGUGCAGCUUUAUGUUUUUUCAUUAACAGUUAUUAGACACCAGGUGAUUAUUUACUUAAAUAAAAAUCUUGCCUAAUUUUUUUAAGUAUUAUGUUUAGUUUUAUGUGCAGUAUUUAUAUGUAAGAUUGAAUUCGAAAAUCAAAACCAGUGUCUUUCUGGAGAAAUAUGCAAAAUUAAUUUAUAUCGUAAGUGAGAAGUUUUAUUAAAACAUUGAUGACAGUAUUAAAAAUUACAUUUCGCUAAUAUGUAAAAUCCUAUUAUCCUUGUAGUUGAAGAAAUUUUUACGAAGCUACUUACAUUUUUUUAUACAUAACUAAACCUACCUAUACACUUAAUUGUAAAAUAUUUGUAACCAUUUUUUUAUACACUGUAAUUAUUUUUAACGUAUUUAAUUUUUUAUAAUGCACAAUUGCUAUUAAAAGUUUUUACCAAAGAACGUAGAUUUGAAUUUUCCCCAGUGAUACAAGUUUAUUUUUUUAAUCAAGCCACUUCUAGCAUAUCGCACGGAAGCCACUUGGAACUUUCCAAUGCGUCCCACAGGUUACAAUCGGCGUCAAUUUUAUCUCGAUUCAUCUUGUCGACGUCUAAAGG